UAACAUGGCUACUUCUGACCCCAGUUGCAUCUUCUGUAUGAUCGUCGCGGGGAAGAUUCCAUGUUUAAAGGUGUACGAGACUGACAAGACGCUUGCGUUUCUCGACAUCGGCCCUAUUUCUGAGGGUCACACGCAAGUAAUCCCGAAGUGCCAUGCCCGCACCGUCUUGGACAUGCCCGAUGAGUAUCUCGCAGACAUCGGCCCUAUUCUGAAGAAAGUGGCGACGGCUGCCGGCGUUGAUCAAUUCAACAUCUUGCAGAACAAUGGGAAGUUGGCCUUUCAGCAUGUUGACCACGUCCACUUCCAUGUUAUUCCAAAGAGGAGUACUGAAGAGGGCCUGCUCCUAUCAGAGGAUGUUUGGCGGCGCGUUGAGCCCCAGAGGGAGGAGCUUGUGGCUACACAGAAGAAGAUGCAGGGUCGACUGUAAGCGAAGGCUAUAGCUUGACAGCUAGCUGUGCUCUUGUGUAGCUUGGAAUUAUGUAACAUCUAGUCUGCGGAACAAUCUACCU